AUGGCUGCGCUUCCUGUUAAUCUGUCUUCCUGUGUUUAUGAUGAUGAUAAGAAUGCUGCUGCUGCUGAUGGACCAAAGGUGACAUCUAAGCAGGCUCCAGCACCAGAAGAAGAGAUGGCUGCGCUUCCUGUUAAUCUGUCUUCCUGUGUUUAUGAUGAUGAUAAGAAUGCUGCUGCUGCUGAUGGACCAAAGGUGACAUCCAAGCAGGCUCCAGCACCAGAAGAAGAGAUGGCUGCACUUCCUGUUAAUCUGUCUUCCUGUGUUUAUGAUGAUGAUGAGAAUGCUGCUGCUGCUGCUGAUGGACCAAAGGUGACAUCUAAGCAGGCUCCAGCACCAGAAGAAGAGAUGGCUGCACUUCCUGUUAAUCUGUCUCCCUGUGUUUAUGAUGAUGAUGAGAAUGCUGCUGCUGCUGAUGGACCAAAGGAAUUUACUAUCAGAGGGUCAUCCCUGGUGGAUUAUUCUGACACUGAUGAAACCGAUGAGGAUUGUUUAAAUGACCAGCCAUUGGGUCCACACUGUGAUGAAGUUGUUCCAAAGUUGAGAAGGACAAAAAGCAUUCUGAUGAAAAAAGUUCCAGAUUUUUCUGAUGAUCUCUACGAUUCAAGUGACGACAGUACAGAGGGCCCUUCAGCUCAGUCCAAGUCUGAGAUGGCUUUACAAAGGAUGCAUAAAUUAGAAGAUUUCGGUCAACCUCUCAGUGAUUCAGAUGAGAGUAUUGUGGAAGACACCGAUUAUGAGGAUUCUAUAAAGGAUUAUUCUGAUGUGCAAUCAGACAUUGAAGUUGUUCCAAAGCUGAGAAGGGCAAAAAGCAUUCAGAUGAGAAAAGUAUCCAAAUAUUCUGAUGCCCUCUACAAUUCAAGUGAUGACAUUACAGAGGACACAUCUACUUGGUCUAAGUCUGAGAUGGCUUCACAAAGGCCAAAGAGAGGCUGCGUCCAUCCUAGACUGUUGAAAUUGAAGCUUGUUCACAAGAGGACAUGGAAGAUGCCAGCAUGGCAGAAGGCCAGGGUCGGAAGAUGA